AUGGCUGAGGCCAAGAGCGCAGGGCCACCCACCCCGGAGCAGUUCAAGGAGUUGCUCACCUCCGUACCUGCAGCCAGAGACCAGGAGGCGCGGCUCGCGCUGCUGCUCCGCGCCUACAGGGACACCUUCGCCUCGCUGCAGGAGGAAUGGGAGGCAUCGGGCCGGCAGCCUGAACUGGAGGACCGCUUCUGA